GUAAAGGAGAUUGAAUAAUGAGAUACUAUUGAAGAUCAGGAAAGAGAAAUGAACAGCCCAUUGAGUUUCCUGAUCUUUGGAAAGCUGUGUAUGAAAAAGAGCAACUAUGAAAUACCUGUUAUAAAGUUACGUAAGAAUACUCCUCCUAGUCGAUGGGCACAAGUGAUUCCUCGUCGUCAAUGUUGUUGUUCAAAGAGGUCUUUUGUAACAGAACCCUAUUUUCGCCUCAAAGUUCCCCUUGUUAUGGUCAGUCAGACACAAGAAGAAAACAAAGACCCAUAUUCUGUGUUGGGAGUGGAUUCUACGGCUUCUGCAGACGAUAUUCGAAAGGCAUAUGUAGAACUCUCAAAGACUGCGCAUCCAGAUGUCCAUAGGAAAGGGGAAGUACAAGUAGAUAGUAAGCCAACCUUCCAUUCCUUAAAAGAGGCGUACGACAUAUUGAAGGAACCAAGACUUCGAAAGAUAUAUGACUCUUUGGGUUGGGAAGGCAUUUAUGCAGUUCGCAGGAAACAAACCAGACCAUCUUCACAGGACAGUGAUCAAGAUGACAAUUUCGUUGCAGUGGAAGACUCAGCUUGGGCUGAUUAUAUAGCUGGUGAAAUAACUACAGAUACUCCUCUGUUGGAAGAAGCAAUGGCAAAUUCCGUCGGAGUUUCUACAGACGCCUGUCCUCGUAGUGUGGAAGAGGCAGUUUACAAUAUUCUAUAUCAUGAGAACAGUGGUUAUCGUUACUAUGCACUUUGGUGGAUAUCCAAAAAUAGAGUUGUAGAAGCAGAGGAAGCCCUAGUACUUGUUUUACAAACUUCUCAAGAACAAACUGCUUUAGGAGGUUAUCCAUUGAAAAGAAGGGCAGCAAUUGCUUUAGGCAACAUUGGGUCUGUCAAGGCCAUCGUUCCAUUGUCCAAUAUAUUAUCCCAAACCUCUGAUUCCUUUUUAAGGUAUCGUUGUGCAGAAGCUUUGGCAACGAUUGCUAGAAUUCAGGGUUCUCAAUAUUUCCCUAGUUGUGUAGUGAAUGUGCUUGUGGAUAUAUUGACAAAAGAGUGGAAAAGCUUUCAACAAGAUGAUAUAUUAUCAAGAGAUGGUACACACAACCAAAUGUUUCAAUUGGAACAUCUUUCGCAGGACGUUCGUGAGAAAUUGGAGAAUAUAUUUCAACAAAGGAAACGUAACGAAAUGAGACAAAGAAGAAUGACACAUACUCCCAACUUGGGUGUUGGACCUGAGUAUUUAGAAUAUCCUUUGGAAUGGUGUUUGAAAGCCUUGGGCUUUUUACAUGCCAAUGAGCAUCUGUCAUUGAUCAAGUCAUACACAGAACAUCCUAUUCCCUUGGUGAAAUAUGCAGCAUAUAAAGCACUCUAUCAAUGCACAGGCGAGAUUUCCUAUUUACAACCUUUAUUAAGUGCUUUAGGCUUUGGUGAGGAACAUCACUACACCCAAAGAGUGUUGAUUAGAGACUUGGGUGAAGUUGGUUAUUUACCUGCCGCUAAAGAAAUUGCUGCUUGUCCUAUGGUGGAAAACAGCUUUAAGCUGUUUGCUUUAAGAAAAUUGGCUUCCUGUGCAGGCUACGACUUAUCCCAACCAGAUAUGGUUGGCUUAUUGAACCAAUUAGACGACAUGCUGUAACAAUUGUUGCCAUUUCAAAGUA